CACACACACACACACACACACUUUACUCGACAUUUACCUUCCUACAGCUCUCUAGGUUCCUCCUCACGUCUGGUGCUCGAGCAGAACUUUGAAUCAGUGAAAGUGGAUCUUCUUUUGUACUGAUCUGAUUCUUCACAACAAACACUCCACUAACGUAUUGUAUGUGUGUAUGAAGAGAUAUUUCUUCCAGCGCUGAUGAAUGUGGUACCUUCAGGCAUUUGGAAAUUGCUUCCAAGUAUGAACCAGACUUGUGGAGGUCCCAAAAAAAUUUCUGAGGUCUUGGCUGAUUUCUUUUGAUUUUCCCAUGAUGUCAAGCAAAGAGGCACUGAGUUUGAAGUCUGCAUGGACACACUAAUGGACUAAAGCUCUCACAGACGUACAUCCACCCUGUUUCUUUGAGCUCUGUAAAGUGAAUUGUGUUACUGAAGUGUGAAGAUGCUGCAGCAGAUCUUGACUGACAUGUACAUUGAACCAGAGCUGCUGGCCGAGCUGAAUGAAGAGCAGAAACAGGUUUUGUUUUUCAAGAUGAGAGAAGAACAGAUCAGGAGAUGGAGAGAGAGAGAGAUGCGACUGGAGAAAGGGGAGACUGCACACAUAAAAGUUUCACAGAAGUGUGUAUCAUGGAUGAAGGGUAUGGAUGAUGACGUGUGGGUUUGGGUGAUGGGAGAACAUCCUGAUGAUAAACCGUACGAUCAGAUCUGUGAUGAGAUCAUGACUGAGAGAGCAGCGCUGCAGGCCCAGAGAGAAGCCGAGCAGCUUAGGGCAAAGAAAGAGGCAGAGCUGGAGAAGCAGUUUUCAGGUGUCUAUCUGGAACAGAGGGAACAGGAAAUGGAGCAGGAGAAGAUCAGACAAGCUGCUGCUGAGGAACAAAGAAGAGCUGAGGAGGAACUCAUGAAACGGGAGGCGCAGGAGAGGAGUAAAGCAGAGGAGGAGCUGAGAGGGCUGGAGCAGGAGAGAAAGCAGCAGAUAUACAUGCAUCUGAAGGAGGUGCAGACCAGUAAACAGACUCAAGAGGAGGAGAGGCAGUGGCAGGAGACAUUGCAGAAGUCAAAAGCUGCAGACAUGCGCAGACGCUCCCUGGUCAAACAGACCAUCGAUGACCAUCGCAGACGAUCAGUCAAAGCUCUAGAGAGAGGUCGUGUGGCGGCCAUGACAAAGACCUUCUGUGGAGAAAAUCCAACCCCUCCCCCCAAACCCAAACCCAGAAACAUGGCAAUCAGCAACAAUGCCAUCACUCAGAAGCAAGAAUUGCGCCGCUCGUUGUCAACGUCUAGUCGAGAGCACAUCAUUCGCUGGUUCAAGGCGGAACAGCUGCCUAUCAGAGCAGGUUUCCAGCUUGACCAGAGCCGAAUUGCCCCCUGGUUCCACGGUAUAAUAUCUCGUGAGAAGGCAGAGGAACUGCUGAACGAGGGGGAGGCCGGUCACUUCCUGGUGCGUGUGAGCGAGAAAAUCUUUGGAUAUGUGCUUUCUUACCGAUCUAAAGAGGGAAUCAAGCACUUGCUCAUAGAUGCUUCAGAGAACUGCUACAUGCUGUUAGGAGACCACAUCAAAUUCACUACACUCACAGAACUGGUGGAAUAUCAUCAGGUGGAGCCACUGAGCCCAUCUGGAGGAGAGUAUCUACUGCACGCGUGUGGACAGAGAACAGGUGCUGCCGACUACACGGAUCUCUUCAGCUGAACAUGACAUCACUGUCAUGAACAAACAAGUUCACACUGUGAACAAAUGUACUGCAGGAGUCAUUGCACAAAAUUAUAAACUCUGAAUGCACAUAAUGAAUAAUCAUUGUACUAGAAUUGUGUUUACAGUUAUUGUCACAUUUCCAGAGGCACCCUAAUUAAUUGUAUUGAAUUUUAUUUGAAUCCAAUAAUAGAUUUUUCCAUGUUUAAAUAGCAUGUUUCUUUUUGUAAUAUGAUGAUUUUGCCUUUGAAGUGCUUUUCUCAAUAGAUUAUCAUUUUUCUUUUAAUAGAAUUGACAUUAUCUGGAUUACUAUAUACACACUUUACAUAAUUCACUCUGUUUAACACGGAGUGCAUUUACAUGCACAAUCUAACACCGGUUUUGAUUAAUAAGCCAAAAAAACGCUUUAAACGCAUGUAAACGCUUUAAACGCUUUUUACUUUGUCAGGAUAAGGACAUUAACAGUUUUUGCCCAUUUCUCGAUUUUACAUUUAACCGACUCAUCCAAUGUGCGCAUGUCUAUGUUUUGACGUCAAAAGCAGAGAAUAAUCAAUAAUCAAUGAUUUAGAGUCUCACGUAAACACAGUUUUCUUGCAUUGUUGCAUUCUUUGAGUAACAUUUUUGGUAGUUAUCAGUGUCUUGGUGUACAUGCAAAUGCACUCACUGUUUACUAUUUAACCCCAACAUACAUUUGAAAACACAUUUUUGGACUAUGCUGUUUUGUUCAUCUGAC